CCCAGGUCAGCCUGGCCCUCCCCGCCGGCGGGCGGCGCUGCGGCUGGCCCUCCCCGCCGGCGGGCGGUGCUGCGAAGGAGCGGCUGUGUUUCCUGUGGCCGGGUUCACAUCCGGGAGCAGGUUGAGGGGGGCUGAUGUGCUUUGGGAGCCCGGCAAUGUGUGCCUCUGGCUGAGGAGCUGACGGGCGGGUCACGGCAGCUCCCGAGGCCUUCAGCUGCUUUGGUUGUUAAUGUGCUGGCGGCGGGGCAGCAGGAAGUUGGAGGUAGGACUGGGGCUGAGUUCUCAGGGAGUGGAGGACCAGCGCAGGGAGAUAGCGGGCUGCAAGGAGGCAGGAAUAAACCAGGUAACCGAGAGGCAGGAAUAGAACAGGCUGCAAGAGGGAAGUCAGCCCCUGAGAGGAAAACAUUGGGGGAAGAGGCAGGGGGAGAGAACACAUCAACAUCAGGCAUAGGAGAAGGUAAACAGGGGCUGGAACGAGUAAGAGAGAGAGAAGGGGGCCAGUAACAGGUGGGAGACAGGGAAGAGGGGACAGGAGGUGAACCAGCAAACAUUGAAGGAGAUGGACAUGGACGCCAGCGAAAGAGGGAGAUAGGCAGCGGGUAUUAAAUCAAAAGGAAGGGGGAGGAGGGAGAGAAUACAGAAGGGAUAAGGGAAAUGAGAUAUCAGGGAAGGAGUGAGAUGUAAAUUGAGGAUUAAUGCAGGGAGACCUGAUAAAGAUAAGCAAGAGAGAAGAUUGCAAAGUGAGAACAACAGACUUGGAAGGGAUUAUAACAAACUAAACGGGGAGGGAAUAUUAAGUACCUGAGAGUGAGGACAGCAGAAACUGAUGAGAGAAAUACAAGUAGGGGAAAAGGGGAAUCUUGUAGAAAUAGCAAAUAAUAAAGAGGGGAAAAGGACUAGCAUAAAUUGCAGGGGAAGAAUGAAUGGCUAAAAGACGGAACAAACACAAUCUCCAGAAUAACUGACUGGAGAACUAGGCACAGAAAUUCACCUUGUGAAAGGAAGAUAUAUUGCCGUCGUUGCAGGGAAAGGAACAAGGGUGGGAAAGACACUAGGGGAGUGAAUUGUAAACGUAUUAUAGAAAUUGAAGACUGAAGAGCAGCUGUAGAAAUGAACACAUAAAGAGGAUGCUUGUUGUGGAAUAAGCAGAAUUAAGUUAGCGUAUAGGAGGGUAAAACAAAGUGGUUUGAGACAAUAGGUGGACAAAUGAAAUUUAAUGUAGGGUAGCUAAUGCAGAACUAUAAAAAGAAGAAAUAAACAUUUGGAGUAAAGUCAUAAAAUACCAAGAAGACGACAAUUUGUGUAGAAAAUACUGUAAAUUGAAAGCAACAAAUAGAUAUCAGUAACAGAAAACACAUGGAGAAUGAAGUUUAAAAAUGAGUCAUAUUUAGGAUGAUUGAGAGUUAGUGGAAGAAAGUGGUUGGACAGAAAUAGUAAUAGGGGAAAUAUCUUGAAGUUAAGAAAGAAAAUAGUAUCUCCAGCAUGGGGAGGAAGAAAAAAUCACUGCAUGAUUAUGCAGCUGAAUUUUGUGACCUGUCGGUAAAAAGACACAUUGUCGAGCAAAAGGAAGGUGGGGAGAGGGGUUUGGUGGAGAUUUUGUACUGCAAGUCCUGUGAGAUUCCAAUGAGCGCUCGGAGGGAUCGCAUUUUAGAGCAUCUGGGGUCGGCCAGGCACUAUCGCAACAAACGGUUGGAGAAGCAUACUUCAGCCAGACUUCAUGCAACCACCUUACUCAUCAGAAGCCAGUGCGCAGGUGCAGGAAGUGGCAGCAGCGGGAAGAGAGUGGAGAGUCACCUGACCCGGUCUCCCCCUACGGAUCUCUCUGCUGGGAUGUCUAUGCUCGAUCAAUCUGUUCUACCACAGUCGUCAUCUUUUGUAUUCCGACCCAACCCAUGUCCCACCAGCUUCAACAAUAAUGCUUCUUCUCCAGUGUCUCAUAAUCAGAACAUGAUCUCAUUCAGAACAAGUGUAUCCAACUCCAUUACCAACACAGUGACUAUUCGCCAUGACAUGGCUACCUCAAACUCUCCCUCAGGUUCGACACCUCCAUUCAACGGCCUUCAAGUCCUCGGUCAUUCCCACUCUUCGAGAUCUAGUGGCCAAAGGCACAUAAUUCCAGAAACUUCUAAUAAUAUUGUUUCCAAUGUGACAAUGGGGCAAUAUGGGAACGGUGCUUUGAUGGGCAGUCGCAUCGGAUUGGCACUUUUUGGCAUUUGCAGUGGCAACAGAGCUUUGUUUAAAAGCAUCCAAGAGGAGAGCGGCUGCAGCUUGCUUUACAUUGUGGAGGACUGCAUUCAGGAUGUGGAAUGUGCCUUCAGCGCAGAUGUUCUUGCAAGUACCAGGGUGGUACGUGGGCAGGACGCUGACAUUGUGCUCAAUGACCAAUGUGUUUCAGGAGUCAUUAUUUGCUCGCUGGCAGAAGAAGGCUCAGAAGUAGUUCUGGAUGCUUUACGCGCAGGUAAAGGAGUAUUUUGUGAAAAGUUACUGAGUUUAGACAAACAUGUUGCUGAAUCAUGCUUUGAUGAAGCUGCAAGAGUUGGGAAACCUCUGGUCUGUGGACUGUAUAAACGUUUUGAUCCUGCUGUGCAGUUCUUAUACAAAAAGGUUCACAAUAAGGCUCUGGGAAGAAUUCAGCGAAUUGUCAGUGUCAGUAAGACCUACCCCUCUCCGUCUCUAAGCUAUAUUAAAAAGACAGGUGGAAUAUUCUAUGAUGGCGUGGUACAUGACUUGGAUACAGUCUGCUGGAUACUUGGAGAAAAUGCUCCAGAUACCAUAUUCUCCUUGGGCCAUGCCUUCUGCCAAGAAAUUGCAGCCCUCAAAGAUGCUGAUGCUGUCUCCGUUAGUAUGAAAUUUGCCAGUGGGGCUAUAGUCACGCUUGAUGUCAGUCAGCACUGUACACGGAGCAGUGACCAGAGGUUAGAGGUUCACGGGUCUGAGGGAACACUAAAGAUGGACAAUCAAAAUGCAUUGGGAAUAACUGAACAGGGCACACCCAGGCCAGUCUGCUCCCACUUGCAUAAUGACAGAUAUAGAGAUGCUUACAGAGAGCUGCUGAAACACUUCCUCAAGACUCUGAAAGGGAAGGAACAGCCCUUUAUCACAAAGGAGAACUUCCUGUGGACGAUUCAAGUUGCUGCGGCUGCAGAGCAGUCUUGGAGGAAUGGUUCGGCAGUGGACCUGCGGAAUGAACCACUCGAUGGCAUUGUUAUUAAAACUGAGGUUCCCUGAUAAAGAGACAAGUGGCGGGAAGUGAGGACCAUGUUUAAUCACAAAAUGUGACAGUAACUUGCCAGGGUGCAGAGAGGAAAUGAAGUGAGCAGAGAGCUGUUCUACAUACUACUUGUAUUCUUUUGGACAGAAGACAGAUACUUGUAAAGGAAGAAUUUUAUUCUAAGUAGGGUUAGAGUGGUAGCAAAUAUAAUAGUCUGGUAAGGGGAGGGGUUUGGUGGUGGGUGGGAGGAGUAAAUUAACCCACUGUGUGGUACAGUUCUGUACCAUCCUACUGAGAACCUGAUGCUCUACCAACAGUCAGCAGUUGGUGGAGCCUAAUAUUGUGAACGGUUUAGCGGAAGAAACACAGGAACCUGCGUACAGAAGUACUUGUAAGUAUCUGGCAUAGGAAUUGGUAAAAAAAAACUGUCUCUCCCUCCGUUCCUACCCCUCAAAUUGUAUACCACUUGUCCUUUUCAUGUGCAAUCAACAGCUGUUCUGUCUGCUAUUGCCUAUCAAGGUGUUGAACUCUCGAACGACCUGGGUGAAGCACUCAGUUAGAUCUGAUGUAGGUGAGGCUCUCCCAAUGAUGUAUCAGGAGUUUGAAGGGUCGGGUUAAGUGUCUAUUUUUCAGACUACCCUGAAGUGUGAUAAAAGUUUUCUGUCUGUGAAAUGGAAGAAUAUGUACAUUUGAUUUUGUGGCUUGUUGACAGUGGGUCAGCACCAGUAUGUAUAACCAAUAUGGCUCAGAUUGCACAUGUAUUUUUUUUGCUGUCUUCUACAUGAAAUGAUGUUUGAUUCUUUGUUACAAUCAUUUAAUUCUAUUGAAUUGAAUUAGGUCUAAUGUGUGCUGUAGUUUCAAAGAAGUAAUUUAUUUAGAAAUAUGUGCUUUUAUAUUUGCAAUAAUUGGACAAUUUAGGAUUGCUUAUAAAUAUUAUACUUGCUAGAUCCAUUUUGAUAGUGAAGAAGCAACAAUGUAGAGUUGGGAUGAUGGACAGUUUGAAAGUUACCCCUUUUGUAAUAGAAUAGUCAAUUUUUAUUUAAAGAAUGUAAACAUUUUAAUGGAUGUAAUUAUGUGCACUGCAUUGUCUCCUGUUUUUGACAGCCACACUUAUGUGAAAUGCAUAUAGUUUCACCGUUUUGUCAAUGCAUUGAGUAUUAAUUUCACCCUUUGUGUUAGAUCACUGUUCAUACAGUUCAUUGGGCAUAAGAAGAGAAGAGAGAAGUCCCUGUUUUCUGGCCAAGGUUUAUGGCAGCAACAACCCAAGUUUCUGUUCAAGUGCAAAAACACUGACUACACAUUAGCAUUUAACCUUGAUAAAGCAAAACUGUAUGGCUGACAAAAGGAAGAUGAAGAACGUGGGGCUGACCCACAACACAUUGCAGAGUUGCCUUGAAUCUUCACAAUACUGUGUGUGAGUUAAAUGAAGCAAGGGAGGAAAUUGUGGAUGCCUUGAUUAUAAUUUUUCAGUCCUUUCUGGCUGCAGGAUUGAUGCCAGAGGAUUGGAGAACUGCUGACGUUGUACCAUUCUUUAAAAGGUAGAAUAAGUAACUAUAGGCAAGUUAGUGGUGGGCAAAUCCAUUCUGAGGGAUGGUGUAUGGGCACAGGUAAUUCAGAGACAUUUAACAUGGACUUUUUGUCAGAAUCUCAUGUCUGACAAAUGUGAUUGCAUUCUUUGAGGAGUUAACAAGGAGGGUCAAUGAGAGAAGUGUGUUUGAUCUGGUCCACAUGGAUUUUGGGAAGGCUUUUGGCAAGGUCCUACGUGGCUGGCUGGUCAAAAAGGUAAAAUCCUGGGAAAGGCAAAAUUGUUCAUUGGCAGGAAGCAGAGGGAAUAAUUGAUGGAUGUUUUUGGGACUAGAAGGCAGUUACAAGUGGGGGUUACACAACAUUCAGUGCUUGGUCCCUUGCCUCUGUAAUAGUAAUGAUUUGGUCUGUAGGGAACAUGAUGAAAAAACAUUGGCAGGUGAUACAGAAGUUGGCCAUUUGGUUGCCUGAGGAAAAUAUAGAUGGUCAGGUGGAAAAAUGGAAUUUAAUCCAGCAAAGUGAGAGAGAAUACAUUUGGGGAGGUGCAGAAAGGCAAGGGAAUGUACAGUAAGUGAGAGGAUAUUUAGGGCAGUGAAGGAACAGAGUGACCUUGGAGUGAAUGUGCACAGAUUCUUAUAGUCGAACUGCUCAUUAAGGUGGUUGAAGAGGCAGAUAGGAUGCAAUCCUUUCUGAGUCAAGGUGUCGAACAUAAGCAUGGGGGAUUUUGCUGGAAUCAGACAAUGCUGCUUAGACCACAGUUUAAGUAAUGUGUUCAUUUCUGGCCAUCACGUUACAAGAAUGGGAUUGCACUGGAGAGGGUGCAGAGGAGAAUUACAAGGAAGUUACUGGGAGUGGAAAAUUGUUUCAAUGAGGAAAAAUCGAAUAAGCUUCUGCCAUUUUCUUUGGGAUGGGAGGCUUUUAAUCGAUGUGUAUAAAAGUAAUGAGGGGACGAGAGUAAAAGAGAAGGACCUAUCACCAUUAGCAGAGAGAUGAAAAAACAGAUUUAAAGUAAUUAAUAGAUAAGAGGGGAGGAAAAUGUUUUCAACCUGGUGUGGCAAGAGUUACGAGCUCACUGUCAGAAAGAGUAGUAGAGGCAGAAAUCUUCAACGCACUUUAAAAAAAAUACUUGGAUGAGUUCUUGAAGUGCUGUGACACACAGGAGACUUAUUUAAUGAACACCAUGGAUGUUUUGGGCUGACUGGUGCCUGUGUUAUACAUUUUCUUAUUGCAUGAGGCAGCUGCACUGAUGGAGCAGAACAGUUCACUCAAUGUUGAAGAUACUAACACCUGACACAGUUGGAGGUCUAAAGGUGAUCAAAUGUUGGCUGAUUUUUCAA